UUCCGGUUUGACAAGAAAGCUAAGAAACAGACAAAAAAAGAAGACGAUGGAAAGAAGAGUCAACGCUCUUUCAAACCUAAACGACCUAGAAGUAUACAACUUCUUGGUCGAUCCAAACUUCGAUCAGUUAAUUAAUUUCAUCAGAGGAGAUGAUCAAGCCAUCGAAAACCCACCUCUCGAUUUCGAUCUUGGUGGUCAUUUACAAAACAACUCAUGUUUCAUCGACCAGAACCAGUUUGUCCCAACACCUGUCGUUGACCUGUUCAACGAACUGCCUGACUUAGGUUCCAAUGUCACUGAAUCCUUCCAUAGCUUCGAGGGCGAGAGUGUCAAACCUGACGGUGACGACAACGAUUACAACGAUGGAGACGAUUCUUCGGCUACCACAACGAAUAAUGAUGGAAGCCGUAAAACGAAGACGGAUAGGUCGAGGACUUUGAUCUCCGAGAGGAGGAGGAGAAGUCGAAUGAAGGACAAGCUCUACGCAUUGAGAUCUCUUGUUCCGAACAUUACGAAGAUGGAUAAAGCAUCCAUUGUGGGAGACGCGGUGUUGUAUGUUCAAGAAUUGCAAUCACAAGCCAAGAAACUCAAAGCCGAUAUCGGGGGCCUUGAAGCUUCUUUAAACUCUACUGGAGGGUACCAAGAACCUGCACCAGACGCUCACAAGAUUCAAACUUUUCAGAGUAUUAAGCCUCCUUCCAAGAAUAUCAUUGAGAUGGAUGUUAUUCAAGUGGAAGAGAAAGGAUUUUAUGUGAGAUUGGUGUGUAAUAAAGGAGUAGGUGUUGCUCCAUCACUCUACAAGUCUUUGGAAUCUCUUACAAGUUUCCAAGUGCAAAACUCCAACCUAAGUUCUCCUUCUCCUGACCGAUACCUUUUAACAUAUGCUUUAGAUGGGACAUGUUUCAAACAGAGCUUGAACUUGCCUAACCUGAAGCUGUGGAUCACUGGAUCACUUCUAAACCAAGGUUUUGAAUUCGCCAAAACAUUCACUUAAUUUUGUAAGAAUGUAAUGCGAUGUUCCAACCUAAUUAAACCUUGGUCAAGCAUCCCUUGGUUGUCUUCCUUUCUGUGUGUUUUAUAACCACCGGGGAUCUAAAGUUAAUUCUAUGACGAUUGUAAUCGAGAUUUUUAUUCUUAUGGGACGACGUCUUGUUAUAGAAUCAUUC